AGCGCAAAGCAAUAGUGAUACGUGGCUCAAUGUCAGCCUCAACAAGCCCCUCGUGUGACUCAGCUCCUUGCAGAACAAGGCAUGAAGUUCGAGAAUUGAGAUGAGAUGACAAAGUUUUAAUCUUUACUCCAUACCAACAAGAACAACAAUCACAAUGUUUAUUCUCAAAGCAUGGAGAUCAAGCGCAUUUGGGUUAUAUGGGUACCUCAAUUUUACCAAGUCUGGUUUUAUUGAACAUUCAAAGAAUUUCAAGGCAGAGGACAUCCAAACAAGAAUAGAUGGCAAAAAUUGCAUAGUAACAGGAGCUAAUUCUGGCAUUGGUUUUGCCACUGCACAAGGCCUCGCUUCACGUGGGGCAACUGUUUACUUGGUUUGUCGAAAUAAGGAGAGGGGAGAAGCUGCUUUAUCUCAUAUUAAGUCUUCAACAGGAAACGAAAAUGUUCAUCUAGAGGUUUGUGAUCUUUCCUCUGUAAGUGAUAUCAAGUCAUUUGCAUCAAGAUUUUCUUUGAAGGAUGAGCCACUUCAUGUAUUGGUCAACAAUGCUGGCAUGCUUGAAAAUAGCCGAGUUACUACCUCAGAAGGUCAUGAGAUGAACUUCGCCAUUAAUGUAUUAGGUACUUAUGCCAUGACUGAACUGUUGCUUUCGUCUUUGGAGAAAGCGGCCCCUGAUGCUCGGGUUAUCACCGUUGCUUCUGGUGGAAUGUACACUGCACCCUUGACCAAAGAUCUACAGUUUAGUGAUGGAAACUUUAAUGGUGUGGAGCAGUAUGCUCGAAACAAGCGUGUUCAGGUGGCACUAACAGAGAAAUGGGCUGAAAUGUACAAAAACAAAGGGAUUGGAUUCUACUCAAUGCAUCCGGGUUGGGCAGAAACACCAGGAGUUAGCAAGAGCUUACCCGACUUCUCUAAAUCAUUUUCUGGAAAGCUUAGAACAAGUGAGGAAGGCGCAGACACGGUGAUCUGGUUGGCUCUACAGCCGAAAGAGAAGUUGGUUCCAGGCGCAUUCUAUUUCGAUAGAGCUGAAGCUACUAAACAUCUAAUGCUUGCAGCUACUAGGGGCUCUCAUGCUUUAAUCGACUCCAUUACUGAGGAUCUACGUUCCUUGUCUGGUAUUUCUUCAUAAGAAGAAGUAGAUUUUUAAGUCCUUUUUAAUACUAAACUUCCCAUACGGUUGCUGACCAAACUAUGAAACAAUAUUAGAUGGAAUUUUCUUUCAUGUAAUACGUGAAACUACUUAUUUUGUACACUCUGAUCUUUUACACUAAAAAGAUAUAUACUGCAACAAAUUAUGUAUGCAUUUUAUGAUUAGUAUAAAUAUCCUAAAUAAGGUUAGUGACA